GCUGUAAGAAAGCGAUAGCAUACACUACUUCUCCUAGAUCAUGAUCACCCUAUUUACACAACUAGCUGGUGGCUAUGGACAAUCUAAACGUAUGCUUUGUUAUAAUUGCCAUCUUAUCAUGUCAGCACUGAAUGGAGUGCUUUCCAGCAGUGCCCAGCCCGUGAUAAUACGCGCUUUACGCUUCAUAUGGAGAGAAAAGGCCUUCUCCGCUAAAAUAGAACAGAACUCACAUCGCUCUUGCGGUGAGCAGCUGCUUGUACCCUCCAAUUUUUUGCUAUCGCUUUGUUUUGGCUACGUAUACGUGAUGAGCAAAAGCAUUCAUAGCAGCAAAGCAUCAUCUCAUCAAGAAUGUUUCAUUUUAAUGAAAACAAAUAAAAAUGUUCGAUUCUAUGUCUGA